GCCUUUGUCUACUAACCAGACGAUGGCUGAACAACUGAGUAUUCUCUACACAUAACAUGAAUAAAAUGGUGAAAACGAGGGAUAAUGACGUUGCCGAUGAAGAGGAAGAGUCGACGUUCAUUAGCUUGAGGAGUUCAAGAGUAAGUAGGCGUUCAGGAUUGCAAGAAAACCAGGAUGAUGAUGAAAGUGGUCCAGAAGUUGUAAUGUCUGGAAGCAAAAGAAGACGAGUGAAUUCUGGGUACAAUAAAGUAUCAAGUGAAACACAUAGAUCAAGAAAAUUCUCUAAGUCCCGUGGUGUCAGUCAUGAUUUAGAGUCAGAAGAGGUCUUUCAAAAUAGUCCCAAAUUUACCAGAAGGAGUUGGCAGUUAAGAUCACGUCAAUUAAAUGGUGGUGUGAAAGGUGAAGAAGAUGAUGAAGACCAUGAUGACACAGUGCAGAUACGCAGAAGUGGCCGCAGCCGUCGUCAAGUUUAUAAUACCAUGAAUACAAAGCUCCUUGGGGACUUAAUGAUGAGUGGAGGAAUAAACUUAGCUACAGGACCAACAGAAAAAAAUGCAGAGAAUAAAGAAGAUAAAUCAGAAGAAGAGGAGGAGACGGAAGGAGAAGAGGUAGAAGGUGAGGAGGAGGAUGAGGAUGCCAAUCAUGCAGCAGAUGAUGGCAGUGAGGAAGAUGAGGAAUUGGAGAGUAUGGAUAUGUAUUCUCGAGUAAAGAGACGUCACAUACUUGCGAAGAAGAAACGAGAUGCUCUAGAAAAAGAAACAGAAUCUUCCGAUGAGAGCUCAGAGGAUAGUGACGACUCUUCAGAAGAUAGUGAAGAAGAUGAUGAUGAUGAUGAAGACAAUGAAGAAGAAGUCCGCCCUCUACGUUCUAAUUACAGCCUUCGAACAAAGAGAUCGGUAACAAAACGGUUUGAAGUUCCCAUAGAGCCAGUACAUCAAAAGAAAAAAAAGAAAUCUUUGUUUGACAGUGUACCAUGCUCCCCAUACAGAAGAUAUCGGCACAAAGCAGGACCGUCGACACCAGUAAGAAGUCCGGUCAAAAGAAUGAGGCGACGUCAUGCUACGCAUAAUCGAUCUUCCACCAGUUCGGACUCUUCCAGUGAUGAACGAAGAUUUGAACGACGGAAAAAGAAAAGUAUGGCAAAAUCUAGGAUGAGAUGUCUUCCUAUGAACCUUCUACCUGAAGAUGUUACUGGUGUGAUGAAAGAUCGUCAAAAGAUUGGUAGCAGUUUAGCAGACAUUGAUCCAAUGACUAUUGACGCCUCGGUCACGUUUGAGAGUGUUGGUGGACUUGGCAAACACGUACAGGCCCUCAAGGAAAUGGUGGUCUUCCCUCUACUCUACCCAGAGGUGUUUGAAAGGUUCAAAAUCACCCCACCCAGAGGUGUGCUUUUCCACGGUCCACCGGGGACAGGCAAGACCUUAGUGGCAAGAGCUCUAGCAAAUGAAUGUCGACAAGGUGAUAAACGAGUUGCGUUCUUCAUGAGGAAAGGGGCAGAUUGUCUAAGCAAGUGGGUUGGAGAAUCUGAGAGACAAUUGCGUCUUCUGUUCGAUCAGGCCUACACAAUGCGCCCAUCAAUCAUCUUUUUCGACGAGAUUGAUGGCUUGGCUCCUGUACGGUCCAGCAGACAAGAUCAGAUUCACAGCUCUAUUGUCUCGACACUCUUAGCUCUUAUGGAUGGUCUAGAUAGCCGAGGAGAAAUUGUUGUCAUAGGGGCCACAAAUCGAAUUGAUUCCAUUGAUCCAGCCUUGAGACGGCCUGGCCGGUUUGACCGAGAGUUUCUUUUUCCACUUCCAUCAAAAGAGGCUCGUAGUCAAAUUUUAGCAAUCCAAACCAAAGAGUGGAACCCAAAAUUAUCAGCAAUGUUCAUCAAUGAAGUUGCGGAGAAGUCCGUUGGUUAUUGCGGUGCUGAUGUCAAGGCAUUAUGCACAGAGGCAGCAUUGCAAGCUCUUCGUCGACAGUACCCACAAAUCUAUGCAUCCAAAGAGAAGCUGCAAUUGGAUCUGACCCAGAUCCAAAUCACCGCCCGAGACUUUCACCACGCUAUGCAAAUUAUCGUACCAGCUUCACAGCGAGCAGUCAGUUCUCCUGGUCGUUCCCUAUCAGCAGUUGUUAGACCAUUGCUGGAGUGUACCCUACAACAGCUGAUAGACUUGGCCCAUAGGGUCUUCCCAGACUCGUUAAAAAAGAGGUCCAGUCUUGAUAUGAAAGGUUCGUCCGAGGCAUCAAGUGUUGCCAUGGCACUCUUGAAUGAUGAUGAAUAUAGCGAUGAUGAUGCUCCUAGCAUCUAUGACAACCCAAAAUCUUCAGGUCGAAGGUCAACAAGUGAAAUGAAUGGACCAAUCAGCCCUUUUCUCAACUUUGCCUUAUCAGCCUAUAAUACCCCCUCAACGUACCAACCUCGAAUCUUAGUCACAGGCCAUAGAAACCUAGGCCAGAGUUCACACUUAGCACCUGCUUUACUACACCACAUGGAGCAUCUUGCAGUCCACUGCCUUGACCUACCUGCCCUCUACGCUGUCACUGCAAAAUCACCGGAAGAAUCAUGUGCUCAGGUGUUUCGUGAAGCUAGGCGUACUUGUCCGUGUGUAAUCUACAUGCCCCAUGUUGCCCAGUGGUGGUUGGCUUGUAGUGAAACAAUGAAAGCAACGUUUUUAACACUAUUGGAGGAUCUACCAUCUACGACACCAAUCCUGUUGUUGGCUACUUCAGAAGCAUCUAAGGAAGACAUGCCAGAAGAGCUUAGUGAAUUAUUUACCACCCAAUUCAGAGUUCGAUAUCCAAUUGAAGCAGAAAGAAGAGAGUUCUUCCGAGACUUGAUAAUCCACCAGGCUGCAAGAGCGCCCCCUAGGAAAAAGAAAGCUGCAUCAAGGGCAUUAAUAGAGUUGCCAGUUGCUCCACCGCCUGAACCCAAGAGGAUAAACCAGGCAGAACUGGAACGACUAGAAAAAUUUGAAGAGACUCAACUCAGAGAAUUACGAUUAUUUCUCCGUGAUGUGGUGUCAAGACUUGCCAAAGAAAAGAAGUUCAGAGUGUUCUCACAACCAGUAGAUCCAGAAGAGGUGCCAGAUUAUGCAGCGGUAGUUAAACGUCCAAUGGACCUGGCAACCAUGAUGUCCAAGAUCAAUAUGAAGAAGUACACAUGUGCUAGUCAGUUCUUAGAGGACAUUGACCUCAUCUGUAGCAAUGCUCUUGAGUACAACCCAGACAGAGAUCCAUCAGACAAAAUUAUCAGGUUCAGAGCAUGUGAGUUGAAGGACACAGCUCAUGCAAUCAUCGAUGUUGAGAUGAACUCAGAUUUUGAAAAAGCAUGUGUUGACAUCAUGGAUUCCAGGAAAAGAAGAGGAGAUAGUCCUACUAAGCAUAUACCAGACUUUUUCAGAGUGUUACCUAAACCAAAGACCCCAGUAAAUCGGUUGAUCAAUAAUACACGCACUCAUUCACCAGCAUCUCAGGACACCCCUACUAUGUCUGAUGUGUUUACAGAUGAGUUUGAAUUUAGAAGCGGUUCAGUACGACGUAAACAAAAAAGACGGUCUACCUGGGCACGGGGGUUUAUUGCAAAAAAGAAGCGCAAAUUAAAUCAGAACGAUAAAAAGGAUGACACAACAAACGAUGAAAAGGAAUUUGAGGAAAAAGAUAAUUUGGAUGAACAUUGUAAAGACGUUACCCUCGAUGAAGGGGACACAGAAGAGGAUCGCCCUCACAGGACACGUUUUAGAAAUCUCCGUAGACCAUCUAUCCUCAGUCCUACAAAAUCACUCAGGGAAAAUAAGGACGUUAGUGCAAAUACGAACAGGCAUAAUGUGUGUGAAAAUGGCAUAGCCGAAAUUGAAAAGAAUAAUGUGGAAAUUUCAUCAACUUUGUCACAUUCCAGUGGUGCUGGUUCACCUGUAAUUGAAGCACCUGUAGUUGAGCCACCUGCGCUGCAGCCACCUGUGCUUGAACAUAUUCAAACCGAUAGAGUUGAAUCAAAUAAAUCUGACAGGAAUUCUCCAUUAUUGCAAGAAUCAAAUGAAGGAUGUACUGAAAGAGAUGAGUUAAGAACGGAAGAGAAGACUGUAGAAAACAAUGAAGAGGAGGAAGAUAUUGAACAUGUCACACCGAUAUCAGUGCGUAUGACAAGGUCUCGUGGGGCAAGUAAAACAGCACAGAGGGCGCUAGAGAUUUUAGAAGAGCCAUUGCCACCUCUGGUUGUUGACCAUAAGAAGUUACAGGAGCUGUUAGAAUUAACUGUCACCCUGACGACAAACUUCACUGUGAGCAGGCUUGAAAGGCUGCACAGCGCCCUCAGUCAGUGUAUCUACCUCCACCGUAAGGAUUAUGAUAAAACAAACUUAACUAAGGCUAUGGAGAAUGUAAUCCGGAAACUAGACACAUGAUGUUAACAGUAUUUUGAAAGAUUGGAAUUAUAGUGGAUUUUGCAUAUCUAACCUCUUCACCCAAGAUAUGAACAGAAGAAUUCAUUGUAGUUUAUGAGAGGGUAUGGUGAGAGGUACUGUAUUCAAGAGGUGUGAGUCUACUGUCGACAAGUUAAUGCUAUCAGUGUAAAUUCUCCUAUAUUCUUUUUGCUCACUAAAUUAUUUUAGAUUAAUUGAGAUACUUUUUCGUUGUUGCUGUAGUGUCACUUUGUAUUUAAGGUGAAGAGUGAAAGCCUUCUCAAACAAGGGGAAAUUAACAUUAAGGGUGUCUGAGUGUUUUAAAAGUGCAAAUGCAAUUCACUAAGUGUAAAAUUUAAACAAAAUCUCAAAAAUACCCCUUAAGAAAAUUUAUUUUGAAAGUUGCUGUAAGGAACAGCACUAUAAACUGUUUUAU